GCUUGGGUGGGGAGCAGCGGUGGCCACCAUCUCCGCCGCCCUCCCUGACUCCGGCCACCCUCCUGCCAGGCCAUGUCGGACUACGAGAACGAAGACGAGUGCUGGAGCGUGCUGGAGAGCUUCCGCGUGAAGCUCAUCUCCGUCAUCGACCCCUCACGCAUCACGCCCUACCUGCGGCAGUGCAAGGUCCUGAACCCCGAUGAUGAGGAGCAGGUGCUCAGCGACCCCAACCUGGUCAUCCGCAAACGGAAAGUGGGCGUGCUCCUGGACAUCCUGCAGCGGACGGGUCACAAGGGCUACGUGGCCUUCCUCGAAAGCCUGGAACUGUACUACCCGCAGCUGUACAAGAAGGUCACGGGCAAGGAACCCACCCGCGUCUUCUCCAUGAUCAUCGAUGCAUCGGGGGAGUCGGGCCUGACACAGCUGCUGAUGAGUGAGGUCAUGAAGCUGCAGAAGAAAGUGCAGGACCUGACGGCGCUGCUGAGCUCCAAGGACGACUUCAUCAAGGAGCUGCGGGUGAAGGACAGCCUGCUGCGCAAGCACCAGGAGCGCGUGCAGAGGCUCAAGGAGGAGAGCGAGGCCUGCAGCCGCGAGCUCAAGCGCUGCAAGAACGAGAACUACGACCUGGCCAUGCGCCUGGCGCGCCAGAGCGAGGAGAAGGGCGCGGCGCUCAUGCGGAACCGCGACCUGCAGCUCGAGAUCGACCGGCUGAAGCACAGCCUCAUGAAGGCGGAGGACGACUGCAAGGUGGAGCGCAAGCACACGCUGAAGCUCCGGCAUGCCAUGGAGCAGCGGCCCAGCCAGGAGCUGCUAUGGGAGCUGCAGCAGGAGAAGGCACUCCUGCAGGCCCGGGUGCAGGAGCUGGAGGCCUCUGUCCAGGAGGGGAAGCUGGACAGGAGCAGCCCCUACAUCCAGGUGCUGGAGGAGGACUGGCGGCAGGCACUGCGGGACCACCAGGAGCAAGCCAACACCAUCUUCUCCCUGCGCAAAGACCUGCGCCGGGCUGAGGCGCUACGUGCCCGGUGCCUGGAGGAGAAGGAGACGUCCGAGCUGCAGUGCCUGGCCCUGCGUAAGGACUCCAAGAUGUACAAGGACCGCAUCGAGGCCAUCCUGCAGCAGAUGGAAGAGGUCGCCAUAGAGCGUGACCAGGCCAUCGGCUCGCGGGAGGAGCUGCACACACAGUACGCGCGGAGCCUCCAGGAGAAGGACGGGCUGCGCAAGCGGGUCCGAGAGCUGGGCGAGAAGGCGGACGAGCUGCAGCUGCUGCUGUUCCAGCGCGAGGGCCAGCUGCUGGCCGCCGAGGGCAGGCUCAAGCGGCAGCAGCCGGAGACGCUUGUCCUGAGCUCUGACCUGGAGGACAGCUCCCCCAGGAACUCCCAGGAGCUCUCGCUCCCCCAGGACCUGGAAGAGGACGCCCAGCUCUCAGACAAAGGGGGCCUGGCCGAAGUGGAGAGCUCGGAGCCCCCCUUUGGGCCUCUGCAGAAGGAGCGGCUUUCACUGACCCCCAACGACGCAGGCCUGAGCAGCGGGGAGCCCCCGGAGAAGGAGCGGAGGCGCCUCAAGGAGAGCUUCGAGAACUACCGCAGGAAGCGGGCCCUCAGGAAGAUGCAGAACGGCUGGCGCCAGGGGGAGGUGGACCGGGAGAACACCACAGGCAGCGACAACACCGACACGGAGGGCUGCUAG